UUGUGCCCAGAAAUCUUCGAUCCGGUCUGCGGGCUCGACUGUAAUACUUACUCGAACGAUUGCAAGGCCAGCUGCUCCGCCGGGGGGCACCUGCUCAGCCUGGGAGGCACGGUUGGGUCGUGCGAGGAGGGAUGCUACGAGGAGUGCGGGUGCGCGACAACGGAUGCGACGACGCCAGCGCCAGAAGGUGUGCGCACCACGACUGUGACUCUAGAGCUGGAGUUGCCGGUGACGGGUGCGCCGAAGCCGACGCCAGAAGAUGUGCAUACUACUACGACUGGGCCGCCCGGCUGCCUCUGCCCCGAGAUCUACGAGCCGGUCUGCGGGCUCGACUGCCAGACCUACUCCAACGCCUGCUUCGCCGGCUGCUCCGCGGGCGGGCACGCGCUCAGCCCGGAGGGUACGGCUGGGCCGUGCGAGGAGGGGUGCUACGAGGCGUGCGGGUGUGUCAUCGGGCGGCCCUACAAGAUCGGCGGCGUGCCCGUCGCGGCCGCUGCUGCUGCCGCCCGCGGGGGCGCCGCCGCGGGCGGGGAGUGGGGCUCCCCGGGCGGCGCGGGCCGCUCGCCGCGCGCGGGGGGCCUCGCGGCGCGGCUGGCCGCGGAGGGCGCGCGCGCGGCCGGGGCGCUGCUGGGCCCGGAGGCGCUGGAGGAGCUGCUGGCGGUGGGCGGCAUCGCCUCGCUAUUGCGUCGCCCUACGAGGAGGAGCUGGAGCGCCUCGUGCGGCGGGCGGUGCAGGAGCUCUCCGCCGGCGCGGCGGCGCACGAGGAGCGCCUCGGCUGGCACGCGGCCGGGCUCAGCGAGCACGCCUCGGUGGGCUCCUUCGCCAGGCUCGCCCUGGAGCUCAUGGUGGCGGGCGCGCCGCCCCGGCUGGCGCGCCUCGCGGCCCGAGCGCAGGACGAGGAGGUGCUCCACGCUCACGUCAGCCUUGCGCUCGGCGGCGCGGGCGGGGGCGGAGAGAGGCUCGAGUUCCCCGAGCACGACCUGCAGCUUCGCCGCGACCUGGCGGCGCUGGGCGACGCGGCGGUCUCGGAGGGCCUGCAGGGCGAGGGCCGUGCGGCCCUCAAGCUGUUUGGCCAGGCGUCCGCGGCGCUGGCCGGCGGCCGCCCGGCGCUGGGGCGGCUGUGCUGGGCCAUGGGCCGCGACGAGGCGGGGCACGCGGAGCUGGCGGCGGAGACGCUGGAGUGGCUGCGGCGCGCCGCCGGGGCCACGCCGCCGGCGGUGGAGGUCGCGGGUGGUGGCGUGAGGGUGGUCGAGCUGCGGCAGGUCGAGGCGGUGAUGUGAUGUGUGCUGAGGUCUGGCAGCAUUCGGUGCCCCAGAAGCCAGGACUUUGCAAUGAUGUUGCCCGAUUCUGAGGAAGACCUCGACCAAUGGACGCUGUUUCGACCCGGAGCUGCAGUUUUAGCGGCUGCGCCAAGGUCCUGAUUUCUCAAGAAGUCCCCGUCCAGCGGGCCUUGAGAGGUUUGAAGCUUUUCGAUGGCGUGCAGACGCCAGUGUUCAUAUGAGAACCCUCGCCUUCUCCACGGAAGCUCGCAGUUCGGCUUGGCAGAACGUCUCGGCAGAUCGGCUUGGCAGAGGAGGAGCACAACAGAGUCGGUAGUUUUUCCGAGCGAUUCCCUGAUUGCUUGGCUCCUGCAACUCAUUUUUCUCCUGUCCAGUUCCUCCUCCUCCUCCUCGGUAUCAGUUCUUUUUUUUCUGUUCCCCUCGCCGUCGUUCGCAGCACUGCACUCGACAUGGCUUGCGGCGUGCUCGAAAUUGUGUAUUCCCCAACAGUAAUUACUUGCACUUGGGGGUUCUUAUUUCUUUUCUGAGGAACUUUUGCACCACAUGGAUUGCAAACAUGGACUGCGCCACACAGAGUGCACAACACAUAUUGCACCACACAGGUUGCACAACAUGUGCUACCAGAAACACGAUGUAUGGGGUCCACCGCUGGCUCAUACGGAGCGACAUUGGCCCGAUUCUUGGCAUUGGUGCGCUUUUUUCUCAGGCGGCACGGAAUGCUCGUGAAGCGUGCGAGGCCACGCUCGCAGAGUGGCGCGGUACACGAGAGAUCGGCGCCGUCUCGCGGGCCGGCCCAGGCAGGAUCUGCACUCGAUGCAUGACCGGCCGUCGCGACCUGGCGCCCCCCCCCAGUGAGGUUCUCGUGCGAGGUGCGCAGAUGCAGCUCAGUGCGAGAUGCACAAGUAUUGUGCUCUCCCUCUGGGGCGCCGCGCAGUUGUCUCGAGGCCUCUACUGGCAACUGCUUGACUGGAGUGAUGUGCAGCGCUCUGAAAGAUGUCAGGGGGUGUGAUCGAGGAUUCAUCUCUAAUGUCAACCAACGCUCUGGGUGAUGUACAGCGCUACCUCUUGUCAUCGCUAAUACGCCUGUUUCCAAAACCGACAGAUUCGGCUCCCACAAUGCAGACCCGUUCUCCCUCGGCCCCUCCCUCCUCUCCCCCCCCUCCUUCCUCUCUCUCUCUCUCUCUCGCUCUCUCUCUCUCCCUACCCCGCUGCGGGGCGCCUGGUUCGCAAACGAAUCUGACA